ACGUUCCGCGACGUAUUUCAUUUCACCUGCGCGGCCGAGGCUCUCGGACGAGCUCUGUACAAUGGGAUCUUCAGCAUUGUCUGCAGGAAUAUUGGCUUUUGUUGAAGGGACAGUCCCGGCGACGGUGGUGGCCGCGAAGGCAGAGAAGACCAGGACGACCUGGCCAAUAGGGACAAGGUGGCGGCCCUUGACUCCUUCGGUCGAGGAGGAAGCGGAUCAAAUGGAAACGAUUCGCUCUCUCAACGCAUCAAAAGACCGCGAGGAAAUGAUUGAGCUGCUGGAAAAUUUCGCUCAUCAGGCCACUCUGUACAGAUCUCGUUACAAGCAUUGGAAGAAGACCGCCGAUCAAGUAGCUAUCUCAUGA